CUACACCUCGUGCGCACAUCCUCCAAUCUCGGACAUUGUCCGAAACACUUCAGGAAGUCCACCACAGUAGGUUUGAGAAAGCCAGAUGAAGAAACUACACAGCGCACAAAAUAUACAGGCCUAAUAGCACUCUUCAACACGGUUGGAAAAAUCGUGGAUACUACAAUAGCACAAAGACUGAGCUACCCUGCCGAAACAUACGGGCUGCUCCCAGAUAGUCACAUGCGGGAGUGAACACGCACUGCAUCAAUCGUGUACAAGAUGGAUAUACGAAGCCUGGGGCUCAAGGAAAUGGCAGCAUGCCUAUUUCUCCUGGCCGUGCCAAGCGCCUUCUAUAGUCCUUCGCACAGCUGACUCCU